AUGUCUCGCGCACGUAUCAUUCUCCGCCGCCUCCUCCCGAGGGCCCGGGUGUCUCCGACCCUCCGGCCAUUGCCUCCUCGCCGCGCGGCCGGCACGAUGUCAAUAGUCAACCGACCGCAGCUUCCAUUUCUAGCCCCGCCGAGCCCCCGACAACAAACCCGGUACAUGGGCACCGGCAGGCGCAAUUGGUUGGUCAAUGAGGCAUACUGGACCGUCUACUGGUGCUUCGUCUUUGGCACCAUGAGCAUCUUUGGAUGGGCGAUUGCGUUUGCAGUUCGUGAAGAGGUGCGCGAGAGGGAGCACCCCACACCCCAUGAGUGGUCAUUUAUCACGCGCUGGAUGGUCCGCGAGGCCAUGGCAGAGCGUGACGUUCUCGACACCAUCAAGCCCGAUUGGCCCUACAUUUUCCAGCGGCUACGGGAUGCGGCCAGGCGCCUGGAGGACGGCAAGGUGGAUGGCAAAAAUGUCAAGGACAUGGGGAUGGGCCAGGACCCGCCACAUCCACCAGAGAGCAAGGACUUGUCCGCGAAGAGUGAGGAGUGGAUAAGGGGCUACUACGACGUCCUGAUGGCAUGGUGCAAGGCUGCGGAGUAUGUGGACGGCUGGGUCGUUGACAAGACCCGAGGGAUCGUGUUCGCACCCGAGGUCGUUAUUGGGCCCUCGAACCCUAACAGGAAACCCAUCCCCGCAGGAGCGGCCAGCGCCCCCAAGGAGGAGGACUGCGAGCUGGCGUUCCCCGAGCGGCCGGACAUGCUGUACCAGAAGGUCCUUGGCACCAAGGGCUUCACGCCGAGGCAGCGUAUGGACGCGGCGCUGGCUUAUGCUACGUGGUUGGAGUACAAAGGGGAAGGGGCUGCCGCAGAGGCUAUGUAUGAGCAGGCGGUGGGCAUUGCCCUAGAUGCAUCAGGCCAGAGGGACCUGGUGGACCCCAAGAUGUGGACGCUAAAGGAUUCGGCUCUUCCCUCUGCCAAUACUCUACGAUCAUUGACGGCAUACGCACAAUUCAAGGCACGACAGGGCGACACAUCAUCGGGACUGCCGAUGAUGGUGUCCAUCCUACGGGCGCGACGGUCCCUACCUAGCGUGGGUUCAGCAAUGGAAGCUGAACACACAUUCAAACCGCGCCAGAUCACCCAGGAGAAGUGGUUCGCCGAGAAGAUUUCUGACUUGGCAGUCUCUUUCUUCUCGCCGCCGCCGUACCCGCCCCCUCCGCCAGACGGCACGAGGUCACCAGCCCGCGACGCCAAAGAGAGGUGCGAAGAGGCCGCCUUGCACAUGCAUAUUGGUGAGAUCAUGUAUGCGUCGUCAGCACGCGCGAGAGAGGAAGGACUUGCGUGGACGCGUGAGGCGGUUGACACUGCCGAGGAGCAGCUGCACCAAAUACAGGGUGAGGGAAAUGCGAACAAGAAUAGCAUGAGUAUCACGAGCGUCAUUUUCGGGACGGCGAGGCGCGACGAGCGCGACCUCAUUUCGAGGCGCAACGUAGUCAGCCUGGACGCCCGCACGACGUGCCGCGAGUGCCUCGCCGCCGGGCUGGACAACUGGGCCACAAUGGUCCGGCAGCUGGCGGCGGAGGAGAGGAGGCAGAAGGAGAAGCGCGGUGAGGAGCCCUCUUCCGGAGGCUCAUGGUUUGGGCUCUGGGGCCGUGGCGGACAGCAAGCCGGACGAUGGGAGGCCGAGGAAAAGGUCGUUGAGGAGAGGAUGGAAAGGGCUAGGAAGCUCUUGGAUGACCCGGAUGCUCCAUCGGUCGGGCCCAUGUCGCUCUUCCAGGUUUAA